GUUCGUAAAAAAUCUUCUUCUGCUCGCCACUGCCGAGCGCGCGCUCUCUCUCUCUCUCUCUCUCUCUCUCUCAUCCAUCAACUAUUCAGAGGUUUUAGGGUUACUUAUCUCUGAAACCUCGGAACAAAAGUGAGAAACUUUACAUCAUCAUAAAUGUCUCUGCACUUUAGCAGUCAAGUUAUUGGUGGAACAAGCAGCAGCAACACAACCAUGGCCGCGUUCAGUGCACUCUCGCUCUGUCCGUACAACCUCUACCGCCGACCGAACCGUAACCGGCGCCGCAUUUCGUGCUCCCUCGCCCCUCCUCCUUCAAAAGGUACCCGUGUACCUAAAGUACCCCGUAAGAAAUCAGGAAGAUUGGAAGGGGCAGGAAAAAGUAUGGAAGACUCUGUUAAGCGUAAGUUGGAACAGUUUUAUGAAGGGGCCGAUGGUCCACCUCUCCGUGUCCUUCCAAUUGGAGGCCUGGGUGAAAUUGGAAUGAAUUGCAUGCUCGUUGGGAAUUAUGAUCGAUAUAUUCUGAUUGAUGCUGGUGUUAUGUUUCCAGACUCUGACGAGCUUGGUGUUCAGAAAAUCAUACCUGACACUAACUUUAUUAAAAGAUGGAGUCACAAGAUUGAAGCAGUCGUUAUAACACAUGGUCACGAGGAUCACAUUGGUGCGUUGCCUUGGGUUAUUCCAGCUUUGGAUUCCCAUACACCGAUAUUUGCCUCAUCCUUCACGAUGGAGCUUAUUAAGAGACGUUUGAAGGAGUUUGGGAUCUUUCUUCCAUCUAGGCUUAAAGUAUUUAGAACUAAGAUGAGAUUCAGUGCCGGACCGUUUGAAAUAGAGCCUAUAAGGGUAACCCAUUCUAUUCCUGAUUGCUGUGGAUUGGUUCUCCGAUGUGCUGAUGGGACAAUUCUUCAUACAGGGGACUGGAAGAUUGAUGAAUCACCAUUGGAUGGGAAAGUUUUUGAUAGGGAAGCUCUAGAGGAACUUUCAAAAGAGGGAGUAACACUUAUGAUGAGCGAUUCAACGAAUGUUCUUUCACCUGGAAGGAGCCUUAGCGAGACUGUCGUAGCUGAGGCUCUGUUGAGGCGCAUUUCAGCCGCUAAAGGAAGGGUUAUUACUACUCAGUUUGCAUCAAAUAUACAUCGCCUCGGAAGUGUGAAAGUUGCAGCCGACUUGACUGGCAGGAAUUUGGUAUUCGUUGGCAUGUCCUUGAGGACAUACCUAGAUGCUGCAUGGAAAGAUGGAAAGGCACCAAUUGAUCCAUCUACUCUGGUGAAAGCAGAAGAUAUUGAUGAUUAUGCCCCAAACAAUUUGCUAAUUGUCACAACUGGAUCUCAAGCGGAGACGCGUGCUGCACUGAACCUUGCGUCAUAUGGAAGUAGUCAUUCCCUCAAAUUGAGUAAAGAAGACACAAUUCUGUACUCUGCUAAGGUUAUCCCUGGUAAUGAGACACGGGUCAUGAAGAUGUUAAACCGUAUAUCGGAGAUUGGAUCCACAAUAGUGAUGGGAAAAAAUGAGCAGCUGCACACAUCUGGUCACGGAUAUCGUCAGGAAUUGGAGGAAGUCCUGAAAAUAGUGAAGCCUCAACACUUUCUGCCAAUCCAUGGUGAGCUCUUAUUCCUUAAAGAGCACGAAUUACUUGGGAAAUCAACUGGGAUUCAGCACACCACUGUUAUAAAGAACGGAGAGAUGCUUGGGGUUUCACAUUUGAGGAACAGAAGAGUGCUGUCUAAUGGCUUUAUAUCACUAGGGAAAGAGAAUUUGCAGUUGAUGUACAAUGAUGGUGAUAAAGCAUUUGGUACAUCCUCUGAACUUUGCAUUGGGGAGAGACUAAGAAUUGCAUCCGAUGGUAUUAUAGUGGUCAGCAUGGAAAUCUUGCGCCCUCAAGAUGCUGACAAUUUCGGUGAACAACGCACAUUGAAAGGAAAAAUUAGAAUCACUACUCGUUGCUUAUGGCUUGACAAAGGAAAGCUUUUGGAUGCACUCCGUAAAGCUGCCCAUGCUGCACUCUCAAGCUGUCCUGUAGCUUGUCCUCUAGCUCACAUGGAAAAAACUGUGUCUCAGGUUUUGAGAAAAAUGGUAAGAAAGUACAGUAGUAAAAGUCCUGAAGUCAUUGCAGUUGCCGUAGAAAAUCCGGCAGCAGUUCUCUCAGACGAGCUCAAGCCAGAUGGCGCUUUUGAGACAUCAUCAUUAAGAAAAGUAAGGGUUGGUCGUCCAAAAAAGAGAAAGCCGACUGAGAUACGAGAGGAAGAAGGCAACAGCAUCAUGCAAUCAGUGAACACCACACAAGAAUGGGAAGGUCAUGGCUCUGUAGAUGAAAGACUUCUGUCUGAGGAAGCCACUACUUCAGGUUCUGAGUCACCAGAGAGCUCCCCUCUUGAUUCCCAGCAAUCAGAUGAUUUUUGGAGGUCAUUACUAAUGCCACUAAUGGACCAAGUGGUAGAGAAUGUCAACGGAUCUUCUCCGCAUGAGGAACACAGUGACAAGCCUAAGAAAGAAACUAAGUUUCACAAAAUGCCUCUAAUGGACCAAGUGGAAGAGAAUAUCAACGGAUCUUUUCCACAUGAGGAUCACACUGACAAGCCUAAGAAAGAAACAAAGGUUGACGAUUCUGUGGGACUUCCAAAUUCUCAAAUAAAACAUUCGAAGCCUGCGAAACGGAACAAGUGGAAGCCCGAAGAGAUUAAAAAGCUGAUUAUAUUGCGUGGUGAACUCCAUGAGAAAUUCCAAGUUGUGAAGCGGCGAAUGGCCCUGUGGGAAGAGAUAUCUGCGCACCUGUUGUCUGAUGGGAUUACUCGUACUCCUGGGGAGUGCAAAUCUCUAUGGGCAUCCUUGGUCCAGAGAUACGAGGAAAGCAAGAGUGAUGCGGGCAUCAAGAAAAGUUGGCCUUACUUCGAGGACUUGGAUAAGAUUUUAUCUGAUUUGGAGGCAACCACUAAAAAAUGAUUGGAGUAAGGGUGGAAUCUGAUUUGUGGAGGCAACCACAACAAAAUCAUUGGAAUAGGGGUAGAAUAGCGAUGAUUAUUGGUUUUUUCGAAUGUGGCGCAGGUGUGUGCGUGGAUGAUGUUAUGUAUCACAUGGGUAAGGUUUUGUUUUUUUUAUCAAAGUAAUGGCGCGGUGGAAAGCCAUGGUUUUGUAGCCUUGGGACCCUUCGGUUGCUCGAGAAAACCUUUUGAUAAUUUAUGUCCAAGGUUCUUGGCAUGCAUUAACCUUC